GAUUCGAUUUUAAGUCUUUGCAGAGGAUCCGAUCUGCGGUGUGUGCAUCUAGAGGUUACUCCACCGAUGCAAAACAGAUUACAGUACGAGAAGCUCUCAAUUCUGCACUUGAUGAAGAACUGUCUGCAGAUCCUAAUGUAUUUUUAAUGGGUGAAGAGGUUGGUGAAUAUCAGGGUGCAUACAAGAUUACCAAAGGCCUUUUAGAGAAGUAUGGUCCUGAGAGAGUUCUUGAUACUCCAAUCACAGAGGCUGGUUUUGCUGGGAUUGGAGUUGGUGCUGCUUAUUGGGGUCUAAGGCCUGUUGUAGAAUUUAUGACAUUUAACUUCUCCAUGCAGGCAAUUGAUCAUAUCAUCAAUUCUGCUGCAAAGUCUAGUUAUAUGUCUGCUGGCCAAAUUUCUGUACCUGUUGUUUUUAGGGGAGCAAAUGGUGCUGCUGCUGGAGUUGGUGCUCAGCAUUCUCAGUGUUAUGCUGCUUGGUAUGGAUCAUGUCCUGGUCUAAAGGUGCUUACUCCAUAUUCAUCAGAAGAUGCCCGGGGCCUGCUAAAGGCUGCUAUUAGGGACCCUGAUCCUGUGGUUUUUCUUGAAAAUGAAUUACUAUAUGGGGAGUCUUUUCCUGUUUCAGCAGAAGCACUCGAUUCUAGUUUCUGCCUUCCCAUAGGGAAAGCUAAGAUAGAGCGAGAAGGAAAAGAUGUAACCAUUACUGCUUUCUCAAAAUUGGUUGGUCAUGCUCUCAAGGCAGCUGAUAUUCUUGCCAAGGAAGGAAUUAGUGCUGAGGUUAUAAAUCUGCGCUCGAUCCGCCCCCUUGAUCGAGCCACUAUUAAUGCUUCUGUUAGGAAGACUAGCCGGCUAGUAACUGUUGAAGAAGUGUUUCCUCAACAUGGUGUUGGUGCUGAAAUAUGCGCAUCUGUUGUAGAAGAGAGUUUUGACUAUCUAGAUGCACCAGUUGAGAGGAUUGCAGGUGCUGAUGUUCCCAUGCCUUAUGCUGCAAAUCUUGAGAGGAUGGCAGUUCCACAGGUUGAGGAUAUUGUUCGUGCGGCAAAAAGGACUUGCUUUAGAUCUCGUUAACAGGCUGCAACUGCCUUUGCAGAAGUGAGAUUGUUUGGAACCAGGCAUUCUGGGGUUUAGGUUUUCUUCUUUCGUUUUGAAGUUCUUUUGCUGAAACGUUCAAAUGGCUGUUGGGUUAGCACAUCAUUCUUUGUUAUUCCCGCAUUGCUGGGCUUCCUUUUGGUUUCUUAACGAGGUUAUGCCUCUACCGUGGCACAUUGUCACCAUUGCAAAAUUUUCUGAUGAUAAAUAAUAAGAGUGUUGUUUUACCAUCUGAAUUAUUUCAGACUAUAAAAUAGCGACCUUUAAAUGACAGAGGACGCACAAAAUCAGGAGUCCACCUUUUAUUUAAGGGUCAAUGUUUUAGCGUUUGAAAUAGUUUAGAUUAUAAAACAUUUUUUGUGUA